AUGUCCAUUGUGCUCAAUUCUUUUUUUAGGCCUCCUAAUGAGGGUGUGGUGGAAGUCUGGAUGCCUGCAUUGGCACCUUUAGAUGAUGAUGAGGAUGAUCUCUAUAUGACACCCCCACCUGAGACUGUACAUAAUGAGAAUGCCAAUAAUAGUGAAGAUGAGGAUGAUCUGUAUAUGACUCCUCCACCUGAGAAUCUCAAUGGACAUGUUGAAAACCAAGAGGCUAUUGAAGAGGCUGCCCAUGGGGAUGUGACUAUGACAAGAACUCCUCCUAGGACUCCUGAGCAUGAGCGCCAGACUGUGCGGGAGCAAGAGCGUGCUGAAAGGCUUCAGAUGACUUCUCCUACUCUUCGGCGCGAGCGUUCUGCAUUACGAGGCUCUAUUCGUCAGCCUGUCUUUGAGGAUCUCUCUAGACCUUCCCAUCCUGUCACUUCUAAUCCUGCUCAGCCUCCUAUUUCUCUUGCACCACCCAUUCAGCUUCACCAGCCUGCCACACUUGCUCCUCCUGUCCAGUCAUACUAUUCUGCAGUUGCUGCUCCCUCUGCUCCAUCAUAUUAUCCUGCUCAAUAUGUUCCUCCCCAUUUUUAUCCUGCUCCCAUGUUCCAACACUCUGGCUAUCAUGGUGCUACGGCUUACCAAAUUCCUGGACAGUAUCCUAUCUAUGCUCCUCCUCCAAUGCCUGCACCACCACCUCAUUAUUGGCCUGUGAAUGUUUCUGCCUAUCCUAAUCUUCCACGACACUUGAUUGGGAAUCAUGAU